GCCGUUGGCUGGGGCUCCUGGGGAGGGAUUCAAAAUGGAAGGCGGCAAGCCCCGCGGCUCGCGCUCAAUGGCGGCGGAUGGGGAGCUCAGUCUGAUGGACAAAGGCAUCCGAAGUUUAACAGAAUUAUCUUUAAGUUCAAAGCUUCACACACUCAACUUGCACUGUAACAAGAUCUCCAGGAUUGAAAGGCUUGACCACCUAUUGAAUUUGCAACAUCUGGAUCUUUCAUCAAACCACAUACGCUGCAUUGAAGGGCUAAGUUCCCUUGCCAACCUGCAUACCUUAAACUUGGCUUGUAACUUGAUAACAAAAGUUGAAGGAUUGGAAAAGCUGUUUAACUUAACUAAACUGAAUUUGUCUUACAACCGCAUACAUGACCUUACAGGACUUCUAUCUCUUCGUGGCGCCAAUUGUAAAAUUAGUCACAUAGAACUUCACAGCAAUUGCAUAAGCAACAUUAACCAUUUACUCCAGUGCCUGAGUGGAUUACAAUACUUGACCAAUCUAUCUUUAGAGAGGAGUGGAAAAAAUAAUCCAGUGUGUGCCAAAAUAGGUUACAGAGAGAUCCUACUUCAGGCGUUACCCCAACUAACUGUCCUAGAUGGAAGGAAUAUAUUUGGUGAAUCAGUAAACUUGGUGGAAGCAAACUCAUCAGAUUUGAAGUGUUUAGAAGAUUUUUUAGAUUGCUUGGCCUCAUCAAGUUCUCCUGUUGAUGAUGAAGAGAUGUGUAAUUUACCAGUGCUAACACCCCACAUUGAUCAAGUGUUAGCUCAGUUUCGCCACCGCACAAAUAUAGCAACCUGGCCUGUCACUAGCUCAUCAACCGAAGCCAUAUCCUCUUCUGAACCAGAACGAACUAAAUGUGAUGGUGACAUGAGAAUAAAAAAACUUGCGGAUCAGAUAUCGCACCUCCUAGAAAAGAUAACUAAUUCUUCUCAACCUGGCAUUGCUCUGAAUGUUCUCAAAGCAAAAAGAGAGACAGAUCUUACUUCAGAGAGUGAUGGUGAAAGUGGAAAAGAGAACAGAAAGGUAGCUAGAAGAAGCAGAGUACCUAAUUAUCGAAAAUCAACUUUAUCUACCAAGAACCGCUCUCAGAGAGGCAAAACUUCAGACAGAGGAGAAGGGCAGAGUUGCAUGAAGUCAAAAAAUCCAGGAUCUUAUGUCAAAGCAGAAGAAAAUUCAAGCCCAGCUUCAGAAAUACCAAGCUUGGAGGUAGUUGGGAAAUCACCCAAGAAAUUGCAUGGACAGAAAAGUGAAAUUGAAAAACUAAAAAUCAUGGAUUCAAAUACACCAGAAGACUCUACUUACAGGACGCUAAUUCAAGAAUUAGAUCAGGAAAAAGAGAAGAGAUGGAAGGCUGAAGAAGCUGAAAAGAAAUUAAGAGAAAAUCUCAAAAUGCUGCAGAACCAAGCCAAAGAAGAAAAAGAUAUUCAAAGUAUGGCAGUAUAUACUACAGAAAGGCUAAGAGAGCUAAUUUUAAAAGAAAGAAAUGCAAAGACAAAACUUCAGGUUGAUACGCAGCAGUUGAAAGAGGAAAUAGAAAGACUUGGCAAGGAACUGAGUCGGUCAAAACAGAAGGAGGAGGAUCAACAAAAAGCAUUGCAGACUUUAGAAGAAAAAUUGUCCAAAAUGGAAUCACAAAGGUUACAACAGCAAGCUUCAGAGAUGAAACACAUUCAAGCUGCAGAACUUAAAGCUACAGCAGCUGAAAGGGAAGUACAGUUACUCCGGGUAUCUCUUCGGCAACAAAAAGAGAAGACGGAACAAGUUCAUGAACUUCUUAUGUUGAGAGAGCAAGAACACAGAAAAGAACUUGAAACUAGGGUUAAAUUAAACAGCUCAGAAUUCCAAGAAGCUCUGUCAAAGGAAGUUGCUAGAGAGCGGCAGGGGCAUGAACACCACAUCAAAGAACUGCAGGAGAAAGUGCAUCAGUUAAAUCAGAAUUAUAAGGAUUUAGAAGAUGAGUUUCGUAUUGCAUUAACUAUAGAAGCCAAAAGAUUUACAGAGGUUAAAGAAGCCUUUGAUGACAUUGCUGCUGAGUUGACAGAACAUAAGCAUGCUCUUGUUCAAUCUCAGCAAAAAGAAAAGCAAUCAGCUACACUGAUCCAAGAGCUGACAUCAAUGGUGAAAGAACAAAAAGUGAAGAUUACAGAACUAGUUAAAUCAAAGCAAGAGACAAUGUACAAUUUGAAAAGUCGGAUUCGAACACUUGAAAAUAUGGUGGAGGAAGAUAAACAGAAGACAAUUCAGCUUGAGCUUCUUAAACAGGAAAAAUCGAAACUUAUUUCACAGAUAACAGCUCAAGAAUCUAUAAUUGAUGGAUUAAAAGCAGAAAGGAAAAUAUGGGGGCAGGAGCUAGCACAGCAGGGAGCAUCUCUUGCUCAAGAUCGGGGGAGACUGGAAUCCAAAAUAGAAAUUCUAUCUAGUGAGAAUGAGGCUCUGAAAAAACAAAAUGAACGUCUCAAUGAUGCAUUGAAGAUAAAAUGUAAAAUAGUGGAGGAUCAAACAGAAACAAUUAGAAAGUUAAAAGAAGCUUUACAGGAACGAGAUGAGCGAAUAAGAAAACAUCGUGAAGAAAGUACUGAAAUUCAAAAGCAAGUUCAGGCACAGCUAGAAGAAAAAGAGGCACAGCUGGAUAAUCUUAUGGAAAAGUUAGAAAGGCAAAAUGAGAGAAAAGAUGAACUAAAACAGCAGUUGCAAGAAAAAGAUACAGAGCUUGAAGAAGUCAAGGAAGCUUAUAAUGCAAUGAAUAAGAAGUGGCAAGAUAAAGGAGGAUUGUUGAGUAAGCUGGAAGCACAGGUUAAACAAAUGAAAGAAAAUUUUGAUACCAAGGAAAAUCAACUGACUGAGGAAAGAGAUAAAAGUCUUCAAGCACAGAGGGCAUUAACAGAAAAGCUGCAUUCCAUGGAUGAUGCUUUCCGAAGGCAACUUGAAUCAACACUAGCAGCACAUCAAGCUGAACUGCUUCAGCUAGCAAAUGAAAAGCAGCAACAGAUUGUGGCAGCAAAUGAAAAGGUUUACCAAGUUGAAGAAGAAAUGCGUAGGCUGCUGCAGGAAACUGCAAGCAAUAAAAAAGUCAUGGAAGAGAAAAUUAAACGACUUACAGUUGCUUUGAGUGACAUUCAGCAAGAACUGUGAAUACAGAGAAAAGUGACAGUCUAAUUGGUUGAUGUAACCAUUGGGCUGAGCAUAAUUCUUUUGAGAAAGACAUUUAACUGGAAAAGUAGUAUAUUUUAGCUUGAUAUAUCACUUGCACUUUAUGUACAAUAUUUUCAAAAUAAAUAAUUUUCUUUGUUAGGAUGUUUAUUAUUAAUGGCUUUUAUAAGAAAUUAAACCCCCCAAAAAUACUA